CCACACCUCUCACACCGACAAUCCAAGUGCUGUAUGGGGUAAAAGGGCUCGCAGUCAUGGGACCUGAACUCAUUACAGAGGCUUUAAUCCUGGUAAAAGGAGCCGGCAGGUGUUGUGAGCCCGGGACUUGUAGCCUGAAGGGAAAAGGCCGGAUUCCAGCAGGCAGCUUCGCCCCUCCUCUGCUGCUCAGUCACUAUGUCACUGGAGCACUCACAGGCUGCAUCUGAUGGGAGAACCGAGCUCCAGUGAACAGCAGGAUUUAUUAUUUUUUUUUAAUGCUGUUUUCAAGAUCAUUGCUCUCCAACGUGAGUUGCGUAAAUGAAUACCCGGUGCUUGUGUAUUGGCCAAGGGAGCUCUGAGGUGACAGUAGAAAAUGCCUGUGCACAUCGAGGUGUAACCAAGGGGAUCAGGACCGAUGGGUGGAGGGUGGACCGGGGGAUUUUCUGAAGCCGAGUCGACUUCCUAAAGUAAACUGAACAGGUGAGUUACCUGCGGGGCGCGCACGGCACGCCCCUCCGGCAGGUGGCACAAAUAGCGGGGCCUUUCUCGCCCUCGUCCGUCGUCUCCCUCCAUCCAGCUGCCUGUCGUGGUGUGCGCAUCCACCCGCUCCGGCUCUGCACCGAGGAGCGCGUCUCGUCGCGAGUGUCCGUGUGCAGAGGAAGGAGAAGAGGAGGAGGCCUGGAUCAUUUAGUCUGCCGCGCAUGAUGAUGCUGGAGACAGUGGAAUGUGAGUUGUGAGGUUGGUGCUGUGAAUCCAACAUGGACGGGAAAAGGGAUGGAGGAGGAGGAGGAGGAGGACACUGGUCUUCUUCCCCUGCCUUCUGCAGGAGCAGCGUCAUUGCCUUGCUCCUUUUCUUCCUCGUCAUCGGAGUCUCUGUGGGCCUUUUGAUCGCAUGCAUGGUGCAGGAGGAGCAUUAUUUCAUGGAUACGGUGGAGCUGAGGGGUCUGACUUACGAUCCUGUUUUGCAGGAUGAGAACUCUGGUUUCUCUAUUGUUCUGUCCUCCGUUUUAAAAUCCAAGAUUGACAAUGUCUUCACUGCCUCAUCAACGUCACGUCACUAUGUUGACAGUAGUAUUGUUGCCUAUGGUAACAGUAAUGGUGAGGUGAUGGUGACACUAAGACUGGUCUUCAGGGUCUCCAAGGUCCAGCGGUAUUCAGACAAUUUCAUUCAAGACCUGCUGAGAGUAGGACUCGGCUCAGUAAUGCACGGCAAACCGCUAGAGGUGCCAGAAUUUGGACAGAUCAACGCUAUCAUCUUACUGGGUGCUAGUGGGAAGUCAUUUUAUGCGAUUGGAGAUGAGAUAAUAGCCAGAUGUCCUGACAACACUUUCACUUGUGACAAUGGAGAAUGUGUCACCAAAUUAAAUCCAGAGUGUGACUUCAUCCCUGACUGUGCAGACGGAUCAGAUGAAGCUCGUUGUGCCUGUGGUAAACGUCCUGCCAUGGGGAGUCGAGUGGUUGGCGGUGAGGAUGCUCGGCAAGGGGAGCUGCCGUGGCAGGUCAGUCUGCGCCUCCAUGGACGCCACGCUUGUGGGGCCUCCAUCAUCAAUGAACGCUGGCUGGUCAGCGCAGCACACUGCUUUGAGAGGGACAAUGAUCCCAGAGAGUGGACGGCCCUGAUUGGAGCCAGUCUGGUGAACGGUGAGGAGUCGGAGUCCAAGACGAUUAACAUCAAAUCGCUGGUGGUGUCUCCAGACUACGACCCCCUGACCAUUAACAGUGAUGUGACUGUGCUGGAGCUGGAGACCCCUCUCACCUUCAGUUCUUACGUCCAACCAGUAUGCUUACCCUCCCCGGCUCACGUCUUUGCUCCAGGCCAGAGCUGCGUGGUGUCGGGUUGGGGCGCACUAAACCAGUUUACCUCUGCAGUGCCUGCUACCCUGCAGAAGGCGGUGGUGAAAGUAAUCGACUCCAAGGUGUGCAACAAGUCGUCGGUGUACAGAGGUGCUGUUACUCACAACAUGAUGUGUGCUGGAUUCCUGCAGGGCAAGGUGGACUCGUGUCAGGGUGACUCCGGGGGGCCUCUGGUGUGUGAGGGGGCCCCGGGAAGGUUCUUCCUGGCCGGGGUGGUGAGCUGGGGUGUGGGCUGUGCUCAGAUCAACAGGCCUGGGGUUUAUUCCCGGAUCACCAGGCUCCGCAACUGGAUUCUAAGCCACACAGAUCCCAGCCUGGUCCCCUUUUACUCCCAGUUUGUUCCCACGGUGCCAGUUACUGUGAAAGGACUGAGCUUAGAUAAUCCACCAGCGCCAAUGACAACACCCUUGGACAUGUUGUCUGAACCAAUACAGCCUGUCGUGAACUGCAGUGGAAACUACCAGUGUAGCGCCACCUCCUGCAUCAGCAAAGUAAACCCAGAGUGUGAUGGAGUCCCGGACUGCCCCAACCAGGCAGACGAGAGAAACUGUGACUGUGGCGUGCGUCCUGCGCUGGGCUCCCAAAGGAUCGUGGGUGGAAUAACAGCUCGAAGAGGGGAGUGGCCUUGGAUUGGUAGUCUACAGUUCCAGAGACUUCACCGCUGUGGCGCGACGCUCAUUCAUAGCAAAUGGUUACUGACUGCAGCACACUGCUUCAAAGGUGAUCCUAGCCCCUCUAACUGGGCUGUGAGCCUGGGGUCUGUGCUGCGCUCUGGGGUAGGAGCCCAGGUCAUUCCCAUCCAGAGGGUCCUCAUUCACCCAGCUUUCAACGGCACCAACAUGGACUAUGACGUUGCCCUGCUGGAGCUGGCAGUGCCGGCUCCCGUGUCUUACACCAUCCAGUCCGUCUGUCUCCCCUCACCGGCGCACAUCUUCCUGAAGGACGCCGAGUGCUUCAUCACAGGCUGGGGAUCCAUGAGGGAAGGAGGUUCAUUGACCAACCUGCUGCAGAAGGCUGCAGUGAACAUCAUUGAGCAGGCAGACUGCCAGCAGUCGUACGGGAACGUGCUGACUCCUAACAUGAUGUGUGCUGGUUACAUGGAGGGAGGCAAGGACACCUGUUUGGGUAUUAAGGUGGAGAUUUUUGAUGGGUUGGGGAGAAAUGAUUAG